AUGAACCUCAAGCAGGGUAAGGAGGAGCCCCUCAAGGCCUUCAUGGAUCGGUUCCAAAAAACCGUUCGGCGUGUGAAGGGACUCAGCACGGAGUUGGCUUUACAACACGUCAUGCCCGGACUGCGUCCCGGACCGUUCAAGGACAACAUAUGUCGGAAUCCUCCCAAGAGUAUGGAAGAGUUGCGCCAGCGGACGACCGAUGAGAUCAGGGUUGAAGAUAUGAAACAGAGUUACCGGAAGGAACUCCAGGAAGCAAAGGUGGAGAAGGAAAGUCAACGAGAUAAUCAAGGUAGCCGUCCGGGGGGCAACAAGGCAAGAGAAGGACCCCAGAACCCACGAUUCCCGCAGUAUACGCAAUUAAACGCCCCUAGGGCACGGAUACUGCAGGAAUCGCUCAGUGCCCAAGUAAUGCAGGUCCCACAACAGCGUCUGACCCCCCCAGGAGCGGAUAACUCUAAACAUUGUCUUUACCAUCAAAACAUGGGUCACAAUACUGAGGAUUGCGUGACGUUGAAGGAUAAGAUUGAAGAAAUGAUCAGGGCGGGACUUUUGCAGCAAUAUGUCAAAGGCAGCCGAGCGACGGAAGACCGGGGGGGAGGCGAACGAAAGGAGUAUGUCAGGCCAAACUAUCCUCGCGUUGAAGAAAAGAGGACGUACACCAGGAGCCCCCCUCGAUCGGCGAGGAAUCACCGAUCCUCGAAUGACUACAACGACCGGUACGCGGGGAACCGGAGGAAUGAUGAUAGAAGAUCACGUAGCAGAAGUCAGGAGAGGGCCCGUAGUCGCCCACUGAGGGGAGUUAUAAACACCAUUUCAGGAGGAUUUGCUGGCGGAGGACAAUCUUCGUCCGCUCGCAAAAGGAGUAUCAGGACGCUACGGUCCAUCCAUGCCGUGGAGGUCCCUAAAAGAACCAUGUUGCCCAUCACCUUCACGGAUGAAGACUUCCAUGCCCCUGACCCCGAACAAGACGACCCCAUGGUCAUCACCGUGGAAAUAGCACGGUAUGAAAUUAGCAAGGUACUGGUGGACUAA